GUCGACGCGAGAGGGGCUAGAAGACACCCCAAGGGGCACCAUCUUCGACGUCCCGAGCACCCUUACUCUUCUAUUUUCCAAAGGUAAAAGAAAUGGAACUGUUUAAGUGGACAAUCGCAAUCACACUCUGCAUGUUUUGGAAACUGCUAUAUGCCCAGACCGUCGAAGAAAUACAGUCGAAAUCAGGAAUAUACUUCGAUGAAGUAGGGACCAUGCUAUUUUACCCCAUGAAGUGGAAAGUAGUCACGUAUAUUAAUUUAGAACCAACUGGCGAAUUGUGGAAACAACAAAAAGUCAUCAAAGAAAAGCUAGCGAAUUUUGUCAAAAAAUCAGGGAUAAAAAUUGGUAUCGCUACACAGAUUGCGCAGCUUUUGACCACUAUAUGAGAUUGAAAACUAAAUAUAUUGAUAACUUGAAAGACUUAAUUGCCGAAUAUUUAUCAGAUAGCACACAGAAUUCAAACCAUCACGCAAAGCGAGGAAUACUAAAUUUCGUGGGAGAAAUAUCGAAAAUUUUGUUUGGGACUUUGACUCAGUCAGAUGCUAGGAGCUAUAACCAGCAGACUACAGAGUUGGAAAAAGAACAAAAAGAAUUUUUGCACUUAUCAAGAGAACAGAUGACCAUUAUAAAAACAACAAUUACUUCAGUAAACACAACGUUGCAAAAAGUAAAUCAAAAUGAAAGGGUAUUGAAAGAAGGUUUAAGUAAAUUAUCAAACUUCAGUGCACAGAAAUUUAGCGAUUUGGAAGAAGAGAUUAGGAACGUAAACUUAAUCAAUGAGCAGUUUUGCCUGGUACAGAGAGGGAUAGACGAAAGUCAACAUUCGUUCGAGAUAUUAAUAGACGCAUUUGUCCAUGCAGAACAGGGAACACUUCAACCACAGUUAAUCACCACAGAAAAGAUAAAACAGUUAAUAGGAAAUCAAAAGCUGCCAAGCGGACUGGACUAUCCAAACUUUCCUUUUCCACAACUUCAAAAAAUCAUCACCCCAAUCACCUACUCUUACAAACAAUAUCUAGUCUAUGUACUAGAAAUUCCCUUGUUUUCCCCAACAACCUACCAAUUGUAUAAAUUGCUACCUUUCCCAACAAACAUAAAAGAAGAAAAAUCUACCUAUACUUAUAUCCACUAUAAUAAAGAGUUUAUAUUUAGUGAUCCAUUGAGGCAACACUUUGGUAAAAUGACAGCAAAUGAAUUAACAGGAUGUUUCCACCCCAGUGAAUUAAUUUAUGUCUGUAGAGAGGAGAUACCUAUUUAUACUUAUGUUCCUGAGAUGGAUUGCGAAGCUACUUUGCUCCACCCAUCGACUACAAGAAUUCCAAACAAUUGUGAGUAAAGAGUUCUUAAAUUAAGCAAGACCUUUUUGAUACCACUACAUAUGAGUAACCCAUGGUUGUUUGUUACUCCCCAGUCAGAAACUUUCACGGUUUUGUGUCCACAAGGUACUACCACCUUCAAAUUGGAAAAGGGAGGUAAAUUAACUCUUAAACCUGGAUGUAAAGGAUAUUCAUCCUACAUAACAUUGUAUUCUAUUUCUACGUUAAGUACAAAUUCAACAAAUGACUAUGUACCAACAGCACCUGUAGAUUUUGACUGUUGUUUCGAGAACUUGGAAGAUGUAAAAUUCAAAGAACUACCUUUACAAGUACCGUUGGUAAACAUCAUGUCAUCUGUAGAUGAUUUAAGAAUUGCAAGCAUGAAGGUGAAUGAAGUGCAAAAUCUAAUUAAAGAACAAGAAUUAAAACAUAAUCAAAGAUUUUAUAAGAUUACAUCUUGGGGAACAACUUUUGGACUGAUUAGUUUAAUUUUCAUAGGUAUUUGCUGUAGUUGCUGCUGUUGCAAAUGUUGUAGAGAUUGCUUCUUUUGGUUAUGGAGCAGAUUGAGUCUAAGAGACUGUUGGAAGCAGACAGAAGACAAAUGUUGUGUCAGCAUUUACAAUUAUAAUGGAUCAAGAGUACAGUAUGCCAAAACUAACACUUCACCAGCCAUUUCAAUGAAAUCAUUGCCCGAGAUCGGAAAUACUAUAACUGAACCGCCAAAGAGAUUGGCAGAUGAAACUUUAAAGAUGGAUGAAGAAUUAGACUGUAUUUCAAAGAGAACACGAAGCAAGAGAAUGUUUCGUUAAACAAAAAUUUUCACCAUGAGGUAAAAACUUUUUAGAGGAAGGGAGGUGUAAUGAAGGAGCAUAAAGAAGGUAUAUGAUGGAGUACAAAGGUGUACUGAGUGUAAUCAAGUGUAUGUAACGAAUAUACUAUAAUCAAUUAUUGAUAUAUGUCAUGAAUGGAAUAUUGUAAAUGUAAUCAAAUGAAAAGCAUGACUAAGUAGCAAAACUAGAGGGUUACUGAAUGGAUACAGUAACACCUGUCAUUAAUUACCACUAUAAUUACUAUAAUUAAAAGAACCCCUCUAAGGUUCAAUCGAACGUAACAUUUGGUAUUAUGGAAUAAAUAUAAGAAUAAUGUAUGAAACCAGUCUAGACAUGUUACUAAUAAAAGCUGUUAUCUUAGUCACCCGCAUGGGACAGAUGACAUUAUGACCCUGAUGUCGAUGCGAGGGAGUAAACAGUCGCCCUAACCAAUUAAUCUGAUAAAGGCGACCACAUCAAAGUCUGAAAGUUAAGAAUUGUAACAUGUCGUGAUAAGUGUGUGUUAUAGGUCUAAACUGGGAAGAGGAGCUGACUCACGUUCACGAGCACAGAUGUUUUGUCAUACUGGUAGACGCUAUGAGUGGACUUUGUUCAAGCCAACGCCCAGAUUGGUCCUAUAAAUACAGGAGUAUUGUAGCUCCAAGUAUCAUAUCUAUUGAUCAUUCUUCAGACGGCGAAGCUCUGCCGGUUUUCGGUCCGAGCCUUUAUUCUGUAAACUUUCCUAUAUUCUAUUGGAAGUUGGUGUUGUAUUGCAAUUGUAAUUACUUAACAUCAGUGUAUCUUCAUAUCAUCAUAUUAAAUAACAUUCUUAUAUUCUGCAACCAAAAGACUUAGAUCUUUUGCGUACCUACAAAAGGUAUCCUAAAAUUCUACGAGAGCUUUCUCUCUGGUGACUUCACCACCUCAUCACCGGCAGCAACGACAUCAGCGAGAAAAGCCCACUCGAAUAUUUCAUUACUUCAUUACACACUGCCUGUGGGUGCUUGUCAUCCAGUAGGCAGACUGGUUUGAAACUCUUGAAACUUUUCCAGGGAAUCAGCAUGGUAAGGACCAAAUGAAUCACAAGAAUAGAGUGUUUCCUCGUCGCCCAAGUAAUAUGGCAUAUCAAUUUAAGACAUACUAUCAAGAGGUUAAGGAGGACCUAUUAUGUGAGCAAAGUGUAAAUUAUAUCCCAACUAUUGUUAAUGGACAUUUAAACUUUAAUAAUCUGCCUCUUGCAAGUGACAAUAUCACUAUUAAGGAGAAUCAUGCUAGAACACUAGUGAUAGAAUCGGAAGUGAAAAUGAGUGAAAAUAAAACCAAAGACACAAGGGGUCUCAAGCAUAAAAUAUUAACUAUUGGGGAAAGCCAUGUGAGAGGGUGUGCUGUGAGGAUGUUUACUUCUAUGGAUGACCGCUUUGAAGUUUGUGGUAUAGUUAUGCCAGGUUCUUGCACAAACGCUUUAAGUGGAACAAUGAGUGAUGAAGUGGACAAGUCAGCUAAAAAUGAUUUUUUAAUAAUAAGUAGUGGAUCUAAUGACGUUAGUAAGAGUGAUACAAGAAUAGCAUUCAGUAAUAUUGUUAAUUUUAUUAAGAAUAUUAGACACACCAAUGUAAUUCUAACAGGUGUUCCUCUUAGAUAUGACACUCCUGGUUGCUCACAGUUAAAUGAUGCAAUCAAUCUCUUUAACAAUAAGUUGAGUAAGUUGACCAAAAUCUUUAGUCAUGUAUUUAUGAGUGAACCGAUCAACAAUAGAUUGUUAUACACCAAAUACGGCUCACAUUUAAAUACACUAGGCAAGGAAAUAUUUUCUAAUCAGUUAGUCUCCCAGAUAUUUUUAUUGUUGGAAAGAGUUAAGGUUACGCCUAUAAUCCUGGAAUGGUACGAUAAGGUAACUCAGUUGGUCGUUCCAUCAAUUGACAAGUCCUCUUCGACACUGACUUCAACUCAGCGCAAUGUUAAACGCAAUAGGAAAUUACCAGUAACUAGAAAUAAUGAUUUUUUAUGGAACAUUGAAAUGCCUACUCAGAUUCUUUAGAUAGUAGGACUAAAAUAUGCCUUAAGAAUAAUAAUUCAAUGAGUAUUUUCCAUCAAAAUAUCCGUGGUUUAAAGGAGAAAACUAAUGAAAUUAUAAGUGCACUGUAUCCUCGAUCCCCACAUUUGCUAUGUCUAUCUGAAUAUCACCUUGACUAUACGAACUUAUGUCAUACCUAUAUUGAACAUUAUAAUCUGGGUGCCGAGUAUUGUAGGAAAUCUAUCAGGCAAGGAGGUGUAUGCAUUUUUGUACGUGACUCAAUUAACUAUCUAAAUGUGAAUUAAAAUGCUUUUUGUAGAGAUCAGGAUCUAGAGAUAUGUGCAGUCAAACUUCUAAUUCCAUCUGUUAAUAUUUAUGUU